AAGUCAAUACAAGCUGAUUAGUUCAUUCGUAAUAUAAUUUUGAUGACGGGUCAUAUGAUGUUAUUGCAUUAGCGGGAAUAUGGCGGUUAGCAUCAGGGCCAAAGACAAACGGAAUAUGGCGCUUAGCAUCAGCCCAAAACACAAGAGAUCAACCUUUCGGGAAAACCUGUGUCAAAUUAUUCUUCACUUUUAAGUUGAAAAGCAAACUCCACCUCCAUUGAGGUAGUUUACAUGAAAUUUCAAGCAGUGACAUGCUAUCAUUUUUUCUUAUAUAAUAAUUUUCGUGUGUUAUAAAUGCAUGUUGAAAUGAAAGCGAAAGUGAUUCAAAACGUAAAGAUGAAGCUUUCCCUUAUACAUAUCCUCUAACAAAGUUCAUGGACAUUUGUCAUCUACCAGUUACUUUAGUUAACUAACUAUUUGUGAUAUUACUGGUCUGAUGCAGCUGAAGUUAUAUAAAACAAAUCCAGAGACCUCAACAAAGUGUGAAUGAUUUGAUUUUUCAUCUCAAGGUAAGACUGAAACAGGUGACACCCCUCAACCGGAUUCACCGGCAGAUCUUCCACCUGAAGCUGAUCUCUUCAGUAAAGUCAUAUCAAUACAAGGAGAAAAAGUUCUCCUUACUUAAUAUCUUUUUAACAGGCGAACAGCAGCUGCACCUGCAAGAGCUGUUUUUUUGAGGUCCUACACAUAUUUGACAACUUUGGGACAUGUCUUACAAUCAACCAUACCGAAACCCACCCGAUGAUUACAGCGCAAGCAAUGACAAGUACAAAGACUCGCAACGAGUUUAUCACCGGGAGUCUACCGCUUACAGGUCGCGAAUUAGGAGCGGAUCUCCAGAGCGGACGUCUCCAUCCUCAUCAGAACCUGUCCUCUCGUCUGUUAAGGCUUUGUCUUUUCUGCAUAGCUGUGGACUGGACGCUGAAGACCUUCAAACUCUGGCCGAGCUUCCUGAGCAUCUCAUCGCAGCCGAUACCCUUCCUGACCUUCUUGCGCAGAUCAAAAAUAAGAAAGCGUCCAACACUUCUUCAUCUAGGUCCAGUGGGCUCCAAGCUAGUUCAUCAUCUCGCUCCUGGGACGACAGGAGCCACACUCAGCUGGUUGAGUAUCCCUUGGAUUUGCCUGUCCAUCAGUCAUAUUCCAUUCCUCGAGAGCAGCUUCCAACCUGGGACGACCGCUGGGAAAAUGCCCAACAAACAAGCUCUCCAACAUGCACGUACACCGGUUCUGACUCAAACUAUGUGGUUGAGUACAACCAUCUGAAAGAUAAAGAGUCUUAUUUUGAUAAAGCGUCUUAUGCCACAGAAGCAUCAAGGCAGAAAACGUCCGUUGUCCCGCAGUCUUACUCUAGCCACAGCAGAGACGUUAGUCAAUCCUCACAUUUGUCCAGCAGAGACGUCAGUCAUUCCUCUCCUCUGCCCAGUAGAGAUGCAAGUCAAUCCUCCCUUCGCUCUAGCAGAGAUGUCAGUCAGUCCUCUUAUCUGUCCAAUAGAGACAUCAGUCAGUCCUCGCAUCGCUCUAGCAGAGAAGUCAGCCACUCCUCACAUCUAUCCGGUAAAGACAUUGGCCAGUCCUCACAUCUGUCCAGUAGAGACAUGGGCCAGUCCUCACAUCUAUCCAGUAGAGACAUGGGUCAGUCCUCACAUCUGUCGAACAGAGAUGUUGGUCCACCCUCGCUCCUGUCCAGCAGAGACGCUGGUCCACCCUCGCUCCUGUCCAACAGAGGCAUCGCUCCACCCUCGCUUCUGUCCAGCAGAGACGUCGGCCCACCUUCUCUCCUAUCCGGCAGAGACGCCGGUCUACCCUCGCUCCUGUCCAUCAGAGACCUUGCUCCACCCUCGCACCUGGCCAGCAGAAACGUUGCUCCACCCUCGCACCUGGCCAGCAGAAACGUUGCUCCACCCUCGCACCUUGCCAGCAGAAACGUUGCUCCACCCUCGCACCUGGCCAGCAGAACCGUUGCUCCACCCUCGCACCUGGCCAGCAGAAACGUUGCUCCACCCUCGCACCUGGCCAGCAGAGACGUUGCUCCACCCUCGCACCUGGCCACCAGAAACGUUGCUCCACCCUCGCACCUGGCCAGCAGAGACGUUGCUCCACCCUCGCACCUGCCCAGCAGAAACGUUGCUCCACCCUCGCACCUGCCCAGCAGAGACGCUGGUCAAUCUUCACACCAACGGAGGACAGAGUCAGCUCCUAGAGUGCCUACCAGGAAGGAGGCGUCAGAUUUCCACGGGAAAACUCCACCAGUAUUUCCCUACGCAUGCGUGCUCUGCGAUAUCACUGUCCUCUCUAACAAGGACUGGUCUGUGCAUAUAAAAGGAGCCCAACAUGCUCAUAGUCAACUUAAUCUUGUGGAAAAAUAUCCAGCGUGGGAUCAGACAAUCCAAUCUGCUAGAAGAAAUGAGCCCCAUCCUGAUCGACGCAUGUCCAGAACAACACAGGAACGAGGUGGAACCUCAAGCAGUAGAAAGGGAUCGUCAGGCAGCAAAAGUGGAGCGUCAAACAGUAAAAGUCAAUCAUCGAGCAGCCAAAAGCGCAAUAGCACUGAAGCAACAACGAAGUGCAAAGUGGUGUGUGUCAAGUUUGAAGUGGAUGAUGUGGACGAAGCUUACCUGAAAAAAUUGCUUGGCCAGUUUGGGGCGAUUGUCAAAAUUAUUAUGUUACCUAGAAUGGCUUUUGUGAAUAUGGGAACAGCAGGCCAGGCAGAGGAUAUAGUAAAAUAUUUCUACCAAAACCCUUUGAGGAUCAGAGGAGAACUGGUCGUAUUUACACUGUCUGCAGCAUUUAAUUUCCUACAGACUUCUCGUGUAGUGAGCUUUUCACCGUUACCUUCUGGUGAUGGCAUACGCUCGGAGUUGACGGCCAUUGCUAAGCGUUUCGGAUCAGUAAAACAUUCUCUGUUUCUCCCAAGCCGGGGUUAUGUGGAGAUGAGCAGUGCAGAAGAGGCCGACAAAUUGGUGGAGCACUAUUCAACCAAUUCACUUAAAAUAAAAGGAAAAACCAUUAACGUUUGCUCCUCAACUGAGUACCAGACGCUUGAAACGACGGAUGCUGACAAAGAAAAAUCACCAGUUCCUUAUAAUAGCAGCAGCAGCAGCAGCAGCAGGAGGAGGAGGAGGAGUUGCAGCCCAAGAAGGAGAUCCCACAGAGACUCUCCCAGCCCCAAACGAAGAGCUUCUGAAGACAGGUCCAGGUCUCGCAGGAGUCACGACUCUAAGAAACGAGAAGAAAGUCAACGCUCACGGGAGAAAACCAAAGAGAGCUCUAGACGGGACAGCUCAUCCAAAUCCCGUUCUAAAAAAAGCUCUCCUUCAAAAGACCAGAAGCAAAAAACAAAAUCGGAAGAAAGUGUGAAGGAGACUGUUGAAGAAGACAACAAUCAGUCUGACAUCAUGACUGAUGACAGUGAUCUUGAAGGAGUGGCAGUUAUAGCAGAUGAUGGUGAAGCUCUGAAUUCAGAAGAUGAGCUCACAGUAGAUGAAGACAUGGAUGAUGAGGCGCAUGAAACCUCAGAUGAACAGGAACAGGAUGCAUCUGAAGAUGUCCAAACUGUGAAAGAGUCAGAUGAUCAGACUAAACCUUCAGACAUGGACACAUCGAGCAUACAGCCAGAGACGUCAGAGUGUGAACCAACUGCUACAACUUCGGAAAGAUCGAGCGAUUGUAAGGAAGCCCAAGAGCUUCAAGGAGAGCAAAAAGAGCUUCAAGAAGGAGAGCAAAAAGAGCUUCAAGAAGGAGAGCAAAAAGAGCUUCAAGAAGGAGAGCAAAAAGAGCUUCAAGAAGGAGAGCAAAAAGAGCUUCAAGAAAAGCAAGAAGAGAUUCAACAAGGAGAGCAAAAAGAGCCUCAAGAAAAGCCAAAAGAGCUUCAAGAAAAGAAAAAAGAGCUUCAAGAAGAGCAAAAAGAGCUUGAGAAAAAGCGAACAGUACUUGAAGAAGACCAAAAAGAGCUUCAACAAGGGGAGCAAAAAGACAGUACAGUGGAGAUGGAGGAGGCAGCAGAAUUCUCUGAGAAUCUAGACAAGGAGGGAGUGUUGACUGAAAAAGGUGAUGAAAUGGAGAUCUCGACUUCAAGCACCGAGGAAAAGUUUGGCAAAGUUCUGGAGGUGGCAGGUUUUCCAGUGGCUAAAAAAUACAGUGAAGCAGAUUUGCUGAAAAUUGGGAAAAAAUACGGAGAUGUGGCAAACUGCUGUCUGGUUCGCAGCAAUCGAAAGGUGGAGAAGGCAUUAAUUGAGAUGGUGAAUGCUGACGAUGCUGCAAAACUCGAAGCAGAGUGUAAAAGGCAACACAUUAAACUAGGCGGCAGAAACUUGAGGAUAACCGUGUCAAAGAAAUACAGCCAGUUGAACGAGGGGCAAAGUAUUGACGCUGACUCUGAGAAAGAGAAAGUUAAGGAAGAUAUUGAAGAGAACAAUACGGAGCUGUCAAGCACACUGUCUUCCAAUGAGGAGAGUGCAGUAGUGAUGGCUGAGACCGAGAUCUCUGAAGAAGAUGCUGAGGCUCAGGAAGCAAAGGAAACCAGCAUGGACACAAUCAUGCAAACGUCUAGUGAUGAGGAGGAAGGGUAUGGCAGAGUUCUCCGGAUCAGAAAUCUUCCAAUGCCUGAUGAAUACACUGAUGCAGAAUUUCUGAGCAUCGCAGAACCGUAUGGUAAAGUAGUACGCCAUUGGAUGUUUCGCCUUCAUCGAACGGGACUGAUUGAAAUGAAAAAGGCCUCUGAUGCUGAAAAGGUUGUAGCUGCGGCCAACAUGAAUAAAAUAACAGUUGCUGGAAUGCAUCCCAAGAUUGCAGUGUCUUCCAAACAUGCUAAUUUAAAUAAAAGGUACUUUCUACAUGGACCUAGUGAUGGUUCUAUACACCCAUAUUUCGAGUUCGAGGAAGAAAAUGAUGAAUCCAAGACACAAAACAGUAUUUCUGAGCAGCAGCCGUCUAUCCAGACAUCAGCGAAUGUCAAGGAGUCCUCGAAUGAUAAUCAAGAUGACAACUCGAAGGCAGAUGAGAAGCAGGUUUCUGCAGCUGAUGAUGGAAGUGAAACGAAGGCGGAAAAUUCAGACGGUGUGUCAGAGAUGCAAACACCUGUGAUGGAUCUAGUGGGCACAGAGUUUGUUCGGCCUGUGGUGGGUUACUUCUGCAGCCUGUGUAAUGCCAUCUAUGCCAGUGAGGAAGAGGCCAAGGACGAGCACUGCAGGACCCCAAUGCAUCAUCAAAAGCUGAAGGAGCACAAGGAGCGUUCAACAUAAACCAUGACAUGAAUCAAGCCAAUCCAGAAAUCAUUCAUAGACGCUCAUGAUGAUAACAUACUGUAGCUAAUUCACAUCAUAAUAUGUGUCAAGUCAUUAAUUGAUUCAGUACUAAUGCAGAAAUUGUCAUUUUAUUUGAUCUUUUUUUAAUUAUAGCUUGUUUGUUCUGUUGUCCUAUUGUUUCAUUAAUUGUUUUAUCUGGCGAUCAACAAAAACUGUUGUUUUCUUCAAAAAGCAUGUACUUUAUUGUAGUGUACUGGAUUGAGUUUAUAAGCAAAAUAGAAUGCAUUAAAAUCCUCCCUGUUCAAAUAAAGACAUGUACAGUUGUCAAAUAA